AUGGUGGGUGACUUCAAUUGCAUCUUGGAGGAGUGUGAGAAACGAGGAGGCAGGGCCUUCACUGACUCUGUGGAUAGGAGGGAGUUCCACGACUUCCUCUCGCGGAACGGCCUAGUAGAUCUGGGUUUCUCCGGUCCGCGUUUCACUUGGUGUAACAACCAAUCCGGACGAGCUAGGGUGUGGGAGCGGCUGGAUAGGGUUGUUGCUUCCACUGACUGGCUCAUCAGAUUUCCAUCCUAUAGGGUUAGUCAUCUUUCUCGGAUUGCUUCGGAUCAUUGUCCUUUGCUAUUUUCGACGGUAUCUGGUUCGAGGCACCAGAGCCCAUUCCGUUUCGAGAAAGUCUGGCUAUCAUUCCCUCAAUCCUGGGACAUUGUCCGGGGAGCUUGGGGCCUGCCGGUCCGCGGCGACGCCAUGCAGAGGGUUUCACGAAAACUGGAGUUGACCAAGCGACGGCUACGUCGCUGGAACCGGGAGGUCGUAGGUGAUAUUUUUAGGAAGCUGGAAGAUGUGGAGGCUGCGAUUGCUGACCUCCAAAGUAGGGAAGAUCAGGUGGCCGUGCUCCCCGAGGCUGAUAUGGUAAGCCUCCGGGGACUUCUCGCCACCCAUCACUCGAUCCUGCGUCAACAUGAGAUCUUCUGGAGACAAAAAUCCAGAAUUCAGUGGGUCAGAGAGGGUGACCGGAACACUAGUUUCUUUCACCGAUCGACGGUUAUUAGGAGACAGAGGAACACUAUUCGUUCCUUGCGGGAUGAGCGGGGUCACUGGGUGGAGGAUGACUCGGCGAUCAGCCACAUCCUACUCGAGUUCUUUCGCUCCCGUUGGACGGAGGAUAGUGGGUCGGAUGUCGCCAGCCUGCUCCCGAGAGCUGAAUCCCAAAUCGGGGUGGCUGAGAAUGCACUGUUGGUUUGA